CAAAAAAAAACAAAAUAGCAAUUACCAUAUGUUAAUUGUAAGUAACAUUACUCUAUACACACAAAAUAUCAAAAAAACUAAUUAACAUAUGUUAAUUAGCAUAUCAAAACCCAAAAUGUAUUGGAUAAAAUCCCUAAACACUAAAAAUAUCAAACAUUGGAUAUACCAAUUUAUAAUGAACCACCACAUAUACCAAGAAAAAUAUUAUCAUCACACGUUACACCACAUAUACCUAAAACGAAGUUGAACAAAUAAUCUUACAAAUCCCUAAACACUAAAUAUAUCAAACACUUAAACACUAGAAAAAGUUUUCUCUAAUCAUAAGAUACACUUAUACAAUGAAUAAAAUUAAGAACCAUACAUCUUACAAUAAAUAAAUAUUAAAUUCGUUUAAUAUUUUAACCAAAAAACUGAAUAUAAAAAAGUAUAUUCCAUAACUUCUCUCCAACAAACUAUUAAAAAAUAAUAAGAAAACCAAAAAACAAACUCUCCUCCGAUUUUUAUGUUGCCACGUUCAUGUGAAACCAUCAGAUAAUGGGCAAAAUAUUUUAACCAAAAAACUGAAUAUAAAAAAGUAUAUUCCAUAACUUCUCUCCAACAAACUAUUAAAAAAUAAUAAGAAAACCAAAAAACAAACUCUCCUCCGAUUUUUAUGUUGCCACGUUCAUGUGAAACUAUCAGAUAAUGGGCAAAGCAGUUCCAAUAUAAGUGGCAAACAAAUUAUCAAACCAACUACUAACAACAAGAUAUUCAAAAAUUACUUCUCAAUCAAAAACUGAAAUCGAUAUCACAUAAUGUAAUCGAUAUCUUCUCAAUCAACAAUAUUCUUUAAAAAUCAAAACUGAAAUCGAUAUCACAUUUGGCAUAUUCUGCCAUAGAUACCUUUUUUUAAAAAAAAAAUCAAAUAUUUUUUUAAAAAUAAAUUACCACCUACACAUUUGUAUUCUUCACUUUAUAUACCACCCUUACUCAAACGACUAACUCAUCAAAACAGUAUUCUUCUCUUUAGUAAAAAUGAAACCAUCGCAAAAGAUAUCUUACCUUUCACAGUUGAAGCCUCGCAGAAGCGACUGGUGUAUUCAAGUGAAAACGAUCCACACCUGGAAACAAAUCAACCCUGCAUUUGGUGAAUCUCUCGAAAUCAUCUUUGCUGAUUCAAAGGGUGAUAAAAUCUACGCAACAUGUAGACAGAAUCAGUUGAUGAGUUUGGGUAGUAAAUGUGUGAUUGGUGAGUGGAAAACCAUUGAAAACAUGUCGGUGACUGCUGCAAAGAACAAUUGGAGAGUAAGCAACCACAAGUAUAAGAUUACGUUCAUUGGCCAGACAAAAAUCACAAACUGUGAUAUCGAGAAUGAUGAUAUGUUUCACUCAUUGAUGGAGUUCGAUACCAUAUUGAGUGGGACUAUGCAACCGAAUUUACUGUUUGGUAACUAAUUCUAUAUUCAAUGCUUUUGUUAUAUAUUACUUUGUAUACCUGCUUUAAACUUAUGUCAUAUUCUUUUUUGAUGAAGAUGUUCUUGGGCAAGCAAUGAAUGUUGGAGAUCUACUAACUAUAAGGUGCCAAGAUGGAGAGGAAAGAAAGAAAAUCGAUUUCACCCUGAGAGACAUAAAGUUAGUUCUUUUAUAUAUUUAUUAUGAGAAUUUUUUUUAGUUUAAUAUUCUCUUUUUCAUAUCUGAGAUUUUAUUUUUUGAUCCACUCUUUACAGUGAUCAACGAAUUGCCUGUUGUCUAUGGGGUAAGUUUGCUGAGAUGAUGGAAACCUAUAGUGAAAAAGCACACAAAGGAGUUGUUGUUUGUUUGCUCAGGUUUGCAAAGCUGGGAUCAUUU